UAAAUUUAUCACCGGUCUUUAUUUUAUUUUAUCAUUGAAGUAAAGAGCAAAGUAUUUGUGCUGUUGUUUACUGGAGAGUGUUUGAUAAGGUGAUAUCGUAACUUAUCAGUUUUUCCUAACCAAAUUGAAGAAACGCCCUUUAUGAAAAUCAUGUUUGAGAUGUAACAGAAAUUUGUAGUAAAGCGGUCAUUGUGGUUUUGUUACGCGAUUUGUUAACCAUGACUACUGCAGUUCCUUAAUGUUGUGUCGGACAUACAUGUCUCAUUAGGCCACAAAAAUGGAUUGGUUUUAUAAAAACAUUUGCUGCUGCUCUUCGCCGAGAACCAACGCCCAAAUUAUUGGCUAUUUGCAUUUGGUAAUAAGCUUACCAGUACUGUGUUGGACAAUAUUUGCUAAAGAUUCAUGGGAUGAAGACACGGAUGAUGAAUCCAAACGUUCUGCCAGUCUGCUGUAUGGCUUUCAGAUUAUCAUUCCGAUUAUUACGAUCAUUCUAGCUAUUUUCGUUCUGAUCGCCGUAUCAAAUAAUAACGAACCCCGGUUCCUUCUGCCUUGGCUGAUUAUAAAACCCUUUACGGUGCAUAUAGCAACUGGCUAUGCAUUCUAUAUGGGCAGCAUUAAAAAUGGGAAAGAAAAUGAGUUUGCCACGGAAAUAGUUCUCAUUUUGAAAGAUGUUGUUAUUUCAGUAAUUGACCUCUUCUGCUGGUUGAUGAUAUUAAGCUACUUUUUCGAAUUGUCGAACGAUACGACAGGGAAUAGGACUAAUCCUCCAAGCGAACAACGAGCGACAUCUACGGCUGACCAGCAUGCUUCGAUUAAAGAACGAUAAAGUUAUCCGCAAAUGAGCACAAUCAUGUGGAAUGCGAAUCCGUAAACCACAUCAAAAGCGACAUCAUAUACAUUUUUUUUAAUUCUUUUUUCCAAAAACAAGUUAAGCUGUUAAUUCAAUAAGGUGUCCACUGUUAUUAAAAUUUUGUGUUUGCACGCAUCACAACAUCGAAAACUACAUAAUGUUUUUGUAUUUUUUGUGGUAGAAGGACUCUUUCUUUAUGUUGAUUCCAGUUGAUUUUGAAUUUUUGAUUGAUAACGGAUGUAAAAAUAUCAGCCAUUUUUUGUUAUUCCGUUUUAAAGAUAUUGGGUAAGGGUGUAGGAAAUAUAAUACGCCACCCUGUCCGUUCCCCAACUAAA